UGAGUUUCCCUUGUCAUUAGUUAAUGGAAGGCCUACCCCCUGGUGGCACUUACAUUCCUAGGCUGCUGGCCUCUGACCUCUGGGGUAUAGGCACCCGGUUUUCAGGUUUUGGCUUCAUCUGACCCCCCCGCCACCUCCGUGCCCACCAGCCCUGGAGGUAGCACUUGCCACUGAGAUAGAAUCAAGAAGCCUAUGAAACACUGCGAGGCACUGAGGAUAAUUUUCCCCGUUUGUGGUCUUAAUGCCCUGAUGGCUAGUCUAAGGAGAGGGCCUCAUGUUCCGGUGCAGCGCGGGCUGCUGUGAGGAUAGCCAGGCGUCCAUGCAGCAGGUGCACCAGUGCAUUGAGCGCUGCCACGCACCUCUGGCCCAAGCCCAGGCCCUGGUGACCAGCGAGCUGGAGAAGUUCCAGGACCGCCUGGCCCGGUGCACCAUGCAUUGCAACGACAAAGCCAAAGACUCAAUAGAUGCGGGGAGUAAAGAGAGUCAGGUGAAGCGGCAGCUGGAGAGUUGUGUGACCAAGUGUGUGGAUGACCAUAUGAACCUCAUUCCAACCAUGACCAAGAAGAUGAAGGAGUCUCUCGCAUCCAUUCAGAAAUAGAAGUCUUUGCCAUUGGCCAUGGAGGCUGAGGGCAGGAAUCUAUUUAAAAUGAAGAAUGCGAAUUUUGGUCUUUUAAGCAGUUUAAGGAUGAAGAAAUUGAGGAUGGCGGCAAGUUUAAGGCAUGUGUCACUUGCCUCUGGACACCGGUUCUUUUAUGUUUUAAUCCUAGAAAGUGAAAUGGGGGAAGAAAAAGAAAAAAAAACCUGGUGCUAAUGUUUGGGUCAGAGAGUUUUUGAGAGCCUAAAUUUUAUGUGGCAAAUGCUCAUCCUGGCAGCAGGCAUUUCCCUCAAACCAAGCCAGAGCCUUCUGAGGUACAAACAAGCUGACAGGGUCCUCUAACCUGUCAGUGGUCUGGUAGAAGAUGAGGGGAGGCGUUUCUGUUUGUUGCCAACCUCCUGUUUACUACAAGCAUUACCACACCAUUUUCCAUAAGCUGUGAAACAAAAUCCAUGCGGUUACUAAUUUAGAAGUGGAAAAACAGUUUCUGAGUAUUUGGUUUGGGUUGGUUUUAUAUACAAGGGCAUAAAGUUCAUUUAAGAUGGGGAGUUGGGAGAGGUAGUUUGGGUAAGAACUUAAAAGGGUUCCUUUGGAUAUCAGUUUCUGUCCAAGAUAUGAAUAUGCACUUUAAUGCUCACACUUUACACCUUUCAGCUCAGAAACACUACAAAAACAUGAGAGGCAGUGUCACACUGGGUAUGAAAGCAGAUCUUCCUUCUCACUGGCUACCGUGAUAGGUCCUAAGCCUGUCUACGGCAGAAUGACAGGACAAUUUGCCAUGGUACUCUACCUUGACGGGAAAUAGGGUUUUGAUUGUGCUGUAUACCAAUUCACGGAAUAAACAGUGAGAGGGGAACUGUUGCUGCUUCAUUAAGAGUUAGGAAGUACUGGAUUUGGGGAAAACCUGGUUUUCAGGAAUGAAACCUGAAUCCAGUAUUGCUUGCUUUGCCCCCUCAAAUAACAGAGCCCUAACGAGACAAUCUUUUGGCAACAGGAAGGUAAAGGAAGAAAAAAGGGGCAGCCCCCAUUACUAUAUACCACUUUUGCCAGGCCCUUUGCAACAUAAAGUGUUCCUACCCCAGCUCUGGAACCUUACUGUUUUGAUAAGGAGCUUGUCUUUUUACCAACUUAUUACUUGAAAUGAUAAAAUAGCUUGUCUGUCUGCUGUUUCAAGACUGUGAUAUAUUUUCCUAGUGGUCUGGUUUUAAAAAAUAAAUAAGAUUUAAUUUUCCUCUA